AUGUUCUUGCAAAUUUUAUUGUUUAUUUCAUAUAUUGAAAUGAUAAAAGGAUACUGUUCAUCAGAAUGUUAAUGUUGUGUUAAAGUUGAUUAAAAUUACAAUUGUGAAGAUAUAAGUUAUUGCUUGAAGAUUUUAUGGAUUUGGUUUGGUAUUUGGAUAAUAAUAACUAUUGGAUAUAUAUUACUCUAUUUUAAGAAACGAAAACAAACUAAAAUUAGAAUAGAUCAUAUAUUUGAGCUUUCAUCAACAUCCUUGAAAUAAAUGCUAAUUUUAUGUAUAAUAAUAUAUUAUUUAGCUCAAGAAAAUAACUCAACUUUAUCAAGUCCAAACAUAUGA